AUGGCACCACCGCCGGCUACCCCAACACCUCAUCGAUUCUUGGUGCCGAAGAGGUCGCAGCCUAGGAAUGAGACACCUAAAUCAUAUCAGAGUGGCGGACAGCAAUUCCAUGCCACGCCGCGGUUCUCACUUUAUUCGACUCCUAGAGGACAAGGAACAGGAGGCGAAGGUUCAUCGCUUCGCCCGUCUUCCAGUAUUCCCACACCCGUUGCCGCUUCCGCUAGGACCGGAGCCGGGACUUAUUAUCGGCCUACUCCUCGCACUACUGAUCCUAUCAACGAUAUCUUUGAUAGCUCACCACCUUUUCCUGGAGAGCAGCAACCAGGAGUCGGUAGUGGCGGUAAUCAUCGCGACCCCAUUGAAGUCCUUGACGUAGACGUAGAUGUAGACACAGACGUUGAUGCUGUGCCGGAGUCCUCACCGGUACGAGAAUUCAACGACACCCAUGACGAAAGCAGUGAAGACGAGGAUGAUAUACCAAGCCGGUCUCCCAAACGCCGGCGCAUUUCCAUAUCCUCCAAUUUCAGCAGUAAUACCCACGACUCCGCACAGCACGAUGACGAUAAUGAUAACGAUAGUAACUGCGACUAUAAUAACAACAACGACGACAACAACGAAAAUGAAGACACCAUCAUGCUUGAGUAUCCACCAUCUUCUCCAUCCGUUCACGACCCAGCAGAUUCCGAUGCUCUAGGACCCUCCCUUCCUAGACCUUCUACCUCCGCCCAACAACCCACCUUCCAGAAAGCACCACGCUUCAAACCCAUCGAGGCACCGGAAGGCGGGCUCCGCUACGGGGACCCACUCCCCGAUGCCUUCUCGCCGCCACGCCGCCGGGGCGCGAAGUACAUACCCGGCGGCCUGGCGGCCUCGGUGCGCGACUGGUUCGUCGACGUAUGGGCCGGCGCGGCGCAGAAGCGCGACGGAGAGGGAGAGUGGAUUGCUCGGAUCUUGGUGGAUGGGGUACAGGGGUCGGCGGGCAUGACGCUGGUCACCGGGCGGUAUGUUGCGCGGGAAGAUGGCGAGCCGAGUGUAGCUGACGAAAGGGAUACGAGAAAUGCGAGGGUUGUGCUGGCAGGGAGUCAGAAGCUGGUGGGGUUAGAAAGGGGGCUGGAGGCGCGGCCUGGCUCGGUGGUGGGUGUGGGAAGACCGAAUUGGGAGAUCGUGGUACCGGGACUGGGGCGCUGGGGUGUGGUUUGUGAAUGGGCUGUUUUGAGGUGA